AUGGAGGAAGAGGAGGAGCCAUGCUUCCGUCUCUCCGGGGCUGACAAGCCCCACAAUGACAGGGACUCUGUGUCGACGAGUGGAAAUGAAACUUUCCCCAACCCGUUUCCAAUCGAAGACCUCCUCUCUGGCCCGGAAGAAUGUUCGUCUUCUGCCCGCCCCUUGCCCUCGUUCCAUGCCCCUCCCGUUCCCUCGUCUUCCACUUGUUCCAUGCCGUCGUCUUCGAGUGCCUCCGGCUCGGCUUCCUCGCCUUCGUUUCCUCUCUCGAGUUCCAGUGCGGCCAACGGCCGAGCGACACAAGAGGGGUUGAGAGAAGAGCAGAAAAGAAUCGAAGACCGUGCCACGCAACGCCGAGGCGAAGUUGCCUUGGGUGAACCAUCGUUGCAGCAAGGCAUCGACUUCAAAGGAAACGGCGACUGCUCACCCUCUUCUCGCGAGGGGAGGAACGCAGGCCCUCGAGCUGCCGGGGUGCUGCGCCAAAAAGGAGAAACAAAUGGAAACCUGUCGUCUCCACUCUCUUCUGUCCCUGCCUCGACCCCUCCCUCGCCUUCGUUUUCGUCCGCCCUCGAUCUCCUGCCGCAAGUGUACAUCCAGCAACUCGACCGUCAGCUGGGAAACCGGCGCGACUCCGUUUCCGUCGCUUCGUCCUUCCACAACGGAGACCGAGACGCGUCUUCGGUUCGCACUUGCUUCUCGUCGUCCCCUUCUCCGACGGGGCGUGAGCGCACAUCGUCUUCCUCUACACUCCCUCUUCCUUCUCCCGCGCCUUCCUCCCGCCCCGACGACUCUUUUCUCGGUGCGCGUAGAAGGGUGAGCUCCCCGCCGCCCCCGUCAGCUGGAGAGACAGCGGGGAGGCCCGAGGGGCGGAAGGGCGGACACGAGGUGUGCAGACAGUCGGAGCAACCGACCAAGAGGACGGGAGACCCAGCAGAGGCAGCGCGAGACACCGAUCAAGAGGAGCGCCUUUUCUCCGUAACUGAGGUGACAAUUAAGAAAAUGGAGAUAGAGGCAAUGAAGGCCGCGCUCGAUGGGCGCAGAGACGACGAAGCGGAGUUGUGGGAACAGCUACAAAGACAGCGAGAGCGCGGCCAAGAACGAAGGCGAAAGAUGCGGGAAAAACAACACGAUGAAGGUGUCCAGUGGGAACUAGAAAAUGUGCUGAGUGAGGGAUUCGAGUUGGACCAGGUUGUCGCGCGGAUUGACGAGUUAGAAGUGUUGAAAUCCAAGCUGGAAGCAGAGACCGUGGUGUGUGUGAGGCGUCGACAAGGCGAGCUUGUCUCCAGCAGCAAGGCCUUGAGAGAGCUCGAAGCGGAUUUCCAGGCGCUGCAUCUCCAGGCGUCGGCCACACGCCAGCUUCUCGUAGCGUACAGGCAGCGUCUGUUGGUGCCGUCUCUCCGAGUGGUCCUCCAGCAGAAGAAGCAACAGGAGCAGCAGGAGCGCCUGCGUCUUUUGCUCCAAAUCCAGAAGGUGGCCGCGCUGGACAUGGCACUAGGGGAGUGUCAGGCAGAGAAUCUCAUGCCUCUCGCGGCUUCUCUGCUCGUGGAGGCUCUCUCGCUUCCGCUCGUUGCCCACGGGGGCAAGGUGCGCCUCCCGGGGGUCCAGUCGAGGGAGGGGGAUACGGGAGGGGAUAAGGAGCCUGAGGGCGCCUCACCGCAAGAUGGCAAAGACGCGAACGACGCGGGAGUGAUUCGCUGCAUGCAGGAAGCGAAGGAAAAGCUGCUGGGUUCGCUCACGUCGCUUCGCGGGUCCAUCGACAAGGCGCUCGAACGCGCGUCGCAGUCGCUGCCGCCUCCUCCCGCUUCGCUUUCUGUCGCUCUUCCCUCGCCGUCUGUCUCGCCGUUCGCGCCGUCUCCCUCUUCGUGUCCGUGGGCGCAGUACAUUGCAGCGCUGGCUGCGGCGGCUCUGUUGCCGCCGUCUGUCUCCAUCGGGGAGAUGCUGGUGGGGCACUUGGUGGCUUCGGCGGAGAAGACUGGCCAGCAGAUCCUGCUCGCCUUUCUGCCUGCGUCUCUGUUUUCUUCUGGAGCUCAGGGAGGCGAGGAGCGGGGCCUCGCGACCCGACCGUCGCGGAGGCAAGGCCGUGCGUCCACUUCGCCGGGGAAUAAUUCAGGGGCCGACGGGGGACCGUGGAGGCGCGAGCGAAAAGAGCAGCUGCUGAUUCUCCGCGAGCGCGUGUUUGUCUCUCCAGGGGAGACCAGGAAUCGCGGAUCCGCCGUGCAGGCCCGAGAAGCGCCGCCGUCUCUCGGCCGCCUGGCCAAGAAAGUGAAGGCUCAGGACGCCCUCAGUUGUCUGGUGAAGAUCUUCGAGGUCCACAUGGACGUCCUCUUGGGCUUCUCCUCUCUCCUUUCCUGGCACAGCGACUUGAUUUCUCUGCACCUGCAGAGUCUCUCUCCGCCUGCUCAGGCCGCGUCGGCGUCCCCGGCGUUCGUCUCGUCUCCGUCCUCGCUCUUCUCGCCUCAGGCGGUCGCGGGAGAAGCCGCGCCUGGAGACAGCGGGGCAGUGCCCGCGACGUCGCGGGGCGAGGUGGAUGCCGCGAAAGGCGAGGCGUGCGUGCGGACGACGCUCGAGGUGGCGGCGGAUUCCGCGGCUCAGGCGCGCGCCGAGAACGGCCAGGCAGCUGUCGCGGGGCGUCUCCACUUUGUCUCGCUUUUGUUUCACGUGUACCACAGCUUGCAGGCGCACCGCCGCCGCAUCUGGACCGCUCUCCAGGACCAAGUCCUCGACGUCCUGGCACAUUUGACUCUCGCGGAUGCGCACUCGUGUCCCGCUGUGAACGACGUGGUCUCCGUCAUCCACGGCGUGUACGCAUACGUGAUCAGCGGGUGUCGACUGUGCUGCGUUAGCGACAAGGCCCAGGAGGGACGCGUGGAGAAGAUGGAGCGGGAGGCCCUCGACCUUCUCGCACGCGUUUCCCGCACAGACGGCCGCGUCUCCUCUCACCUCAAGUCCUGGAUUCGGAAAGAGGCGGCCGGAUUGGAGGCUGCGCGUGACGGCGCCCGAGGAGACGGGCGUGCCGAGGAAGGGCGACGGGAGGCGCCUCGGUCCCUCUUGCCUUCGAGGAGCCCGGUCAUCGAAGAACUGUACAGACAGGUCCUGCGCCUGCUCGACGCGCUCGAACGGGAGGAACUCCGCUCCCUUCUUCACCUCCUCGAAGAGGAAAACUGGCAGCGCCUGCCCGUCCCGCGGACGUUCUCCUUCUUCGCGUUCGGGCGCCAAGUCCCUCCCGCCGUCCCCUUCGAGGUGUACAGUCACCCGAAUCCGGCCCUGUUCCACGCAUGCACCUUCCGCGUCCACUCGAGUGCGACCGUUCGUGAGAGCGAUGCAACCGUUCCUCCCUUCUUUCGUCAGCCCUUCCCGCCGAGGUUGCCUCCUUUCCCGUACGCGCGCGAAGCGGAGGAACUGGCGGCUGAAAAGGGCGGCGGCCAGCCGCGCAGCUCGGGAACUGCCGCCCUCGCCCCGUUCCAAGAAAACGGUGAGCCGCUCGUGUCCCGCACGGGUCUGGGCAGAGACACAUCGGAGAGCUCCGCCCUCGGACUUCUUCCCGAAAAGAACUGCUUCCGAGGCUGGUGUCUGGGACGCCCGCUCCCCGGCGUGCCGCACUGUCUGUACUCCGACGAGGUUGCUGCGCUGACUUCCGACGGCGGCUGUCGGGCCGGAAGCCUCCAGAGUCCUGUGGUGAGUCUGACGGCGAAGCUGACGGCGAAGGAGAUGCGACAGUUCUUCCGUCUCGCCUACGCGUUUCCUCUCGCGACCUUCCCGUCGACGUGCGCCGUUCUGGACCAGGUCGGAUUCUACAUCGUCGUGGCUGCAGGCGUCUCUCUCGCGUCUGGAACGUUUUCGUCGCUCCUCGCGUCUCCGGUGUCGCCUUCGCUGGCGUCGCUGGCGGGCGACUCCGGGGACGCGCAGAUGCGCAGGAAGUUCCUGGAAGCGACGGACGCCGCAGUGCUUCAGAGCCGCUCGCCGGCGCUUCGCGCGUUGCUGCUGAGGCAGGAGGCGCGAGUGCGGCUGCUCUUCGACGCCACGAAGAGCCCGGCCGGCUCGAGAGUGCGCGAGGCAGUGUCCGCCGACGCGGCGAGGCGCAGGCCCUCCUGCCUCUCGCAGGGCGACGCCUCAGGGGGCGUCAGUGGAGGCUCGGGCGCCUGUGGGUUCGACCAAGACUCCGAGGAAGAAGAUGACCGCGCUGGGAACCGAGGCGGCUGUCUCGGAGCCGCGUCGCAGAGCGUUAAUCUUGCACACAUCCUCAGACCUAUGGCGAAGCAGUCGAGUCCAGGGGCGCUGUGGGGAGCCGCCGAGAGGACAACCGCCGUGGACUCGGCUGCCGCCAUGGCCGCCGACCUCCGGCAGCAGCUCUGCGUCGCUCUCGCGCCGAACCCCAACCCCGGCUGGCUGGGUGAGCGCCUGACUCGGGAGCAACAGAGGCAGGUGCGCGGGGACUUGGAGAAGCUUCAGGAGGCCGCAGACGAACUCCGGUCGGUCGCUUUCCUCGAUUUGGCAGGGUGUCUGUGCGACAGCCCGGCGUUCAUUUGCUCGCUCCUCCGGGCUGUCUCCUGCGACUUUUCGCAAACUCCCGAAAAGGAGCCGUCGGCGUCUCUCGGCCUCGCCUCGUACCACGCAAGCAUGGGUGGUGUGUUCGCUCCUCGGCCGUCAUCGCAGUCCACGGGCCCAGGAGGGGCUUCCUGCGCCAGCGUCGAACGCGCCCUGGAGAGUCAAAGAGGGCUGCUGCGAGACUUGACGCGGCGGCUGCGGUGUGCGGGCGGCGGGGCGAUCGCCCUCACCACGCAGAGAGACUUGUGGCGCGCAAUCGAGGUCCGAAGCAUUUUAGACUGCGUGGAAGUCCUCAGCGCUGCGCCGCUGCCUCCGGCGCCAGCCGUGCAGAGCCUGUCACCGGACCCGCUCCUGUGUCUCGCGGAUUCGCUUCGCGGCUUUUUGCGAGACGUCCAUGCACUCGUUCUGACGAGCUCGGAAGCGGCGGCCGACGGCAGUCGAUCUGCGCGCGCCUCAGGGGCCAACGCGUUCACUGAGGCUCGGGCCUCUCCCGCUGCGCCGAGCUCGUCCCUCGGUGGAAGUGUCUCCACAGGCAGAACUGGACCCUGUCCGAGGGCUGCCCCCACCGCCGGGGGGACCUGUGCGGAACGUCGCGGUGAAGGGGACGAUGGGGCGAAGCACCGCUGUUUUUUCGGGGGCGUCGACCUCGCUUUUCUCGACUCCUUCACUGAGGCGAUCGCCAUGAGUGCGGCGGACGUCCUGCAGUGGUGCCGCUACCAACAAAAAAGAACCGCGCAAGUGUCUCCUGCCGGGGGCGAGGCGCCGAUGGCUGCAAACGGCGCCGGCCGGGAGACAGUGCCAGGAGCCGCGGGAGACCGCGCAGACAGACGAGCGGCGGGCGCGCGGCAACGCGGGAGAGAGGCCGUGUACAGCUUGAGAGUGCUCAGCAACGCCGUCUUGCGAAUGGAAGGCUUUGGGUUUCUUCCGCGGGGAAAGGCGUCGGACCUCGAGAGGCAGUACAUGUCGCUGCUCGCCGAGAACGAACAGAAACGAACGCCCCAGCAAUCCCAGGCGACUUCGCCGGUUAGCGCCGAAUCCGUUAGGCUCGUUCCGCCCCCAGUGGAGGAGACACCCAAAGACGACGCAGAGCGGGCAGAGGACGGCAACUCAGGAAGAGAAGCGAGGCGUGGAGACUUUGGGAGCAAAAUCAACAGUGUCUCCGUCAGUGCUGCCAGUGGUCGUACCAAACCUGUGAACGUGCAGGGGAAUCAGGCGGCAAUGGAGCCCAGGCAGUCGGCUGCGUGGCAACAGGCUGCGGCGGCUGUCGAUCGCCACCCGAACAGCCCGUCUCCAGAAGAGCUUAAUAGGUAUCUGAAGCAAUUAGACCAUCAUAGGCGACUGCGCACACGAGGGCAAGACCAGUCGGGAGUGUGA